CAUCUGCUACUGGUCCUGCAUUUGUUUCUUUGCCAUUCCACUCAGUCCGGGUACCAGGCUGCAUGCACUGACAGCAUUCUUGCCAUCUCAAAGUAGCCCCUGGCAUCCCUUCUCUGCAUCACUCACCGUACCCCUCAUCUUUGAAGGCUACAUUUCAUUCUGCUCAAACCUUGCCCUGCUUUGGAUUAGGUGACUGUCCUCUGUUGUGGAGCCAUAGAAGUCUUGGGGAUUCCUGUAUGUCCACGAAGGCCAGGAAAUGCAAGGAGCUGCCCGCUGCCAGGGUCAGCUUCCCAGAGGUGGGAGAGAGUGGAGGAUGGCUGGCAAAAAAUGGAGGGCAUUGGGCUCCUCUGCCCCAACCCAGGGGAGUGCUGGUUCUACCUGCAGAGAGCAGCUCAUUCGUCGCAGGGGAAUCUCACAGUGACGGUUACCAAUUCCACUCUCUAGCAGGUGAUGGGAGCCCAUCCAUGAGGCGUGUUACCAUGAUGAGGGAGAAGGGACGGAGGCAGGCUGUUAGAGGCCCAGCAUUUAUGUUCAACAACAGGGGUCCAAAUCUGACCGCAGAGGAGGAGCGCUUUCUGGAUGCUGCAGAAUAUGGAAACAUUCCUGUGGUCAGAAAGAUGCUGGAAGAGUCAAAGACCUUGAAUGUGAACUGUGUCGACUACAUGGGUCAAAAUGCCCUACAGCUGGCUGUAGGGAAUGAACAUUUAGAGGUGACAGAGCUGUUGCUCAAGAAGGAGAACUUGGCGCGUAUAGGAGAUGCUCUUCUUCUUGCAAUCAGCAAAGGAUACGUGAGGAUAGUGGAGGCCAUUUUGAAUCAUUCAGCUUUUGUGGCAAGUAAAAGACUCACCCUUAGCCCUUGUGAGCAGGAGCUUCAGGAUGAUGAUUUUUUUUCCUAUGAUGAAGAUGGUACCCGGUUUUCACCAGAUAUUACCCCAAUCAUACUUGCUGCUCACUGCCAGAAAUAUGAAGUUGUCCACAUGCUGUUGAUAAAAGGAGCGAAGAUAGAAAGACCUCAUGAUUAUUUCUGCAAGUGCAGUGAUUGUACAGAAAAACAGAAGCAUGACUCCUUCAGUCACUCAAGGUCAAGGAUAAAUGCCUACAAGGGACUGGCGAGCCCAGCCUACCUGUCACUAUCUAGUGAGGAUCCGGUUCAUACAGCACUGGAGCUGAGUAAUGAGCUUGCUAAGCUAGCAAACAUCGAGAAAGAAUUCAAGAAUGACUACCGUAAACUCUCUAUGCAAUGCAAGGAUUUUGUGGUAGGCGUCCUUGAUUUGUGCCGAGACUCAGAAGAAGUAGAGGCAAUUUUGAAUGGAGAUGUGGAUGCUGAACCUGUGGAUUCUCAUAGACCUUCUCUUAGCCGAGUCAAACUGGCCAUUAAAUAUGAAGUAAAGAAGUUUGUGGCACAUCCCAAUUGCCAGCAGCAACUGUUAACAAUCUGGUAUGAAAAUCUCUCAGGAUUACGAGAACAGCCCAUCGCAAUCAAGUGUUUCGUUGUACUGGUCGUGGCGCUAGGUCUCCCCCUUCUGGCUGUGGGUUAUUGGAUUGCACCAUGUAGCCGGCUUGGCAAAGUUCUCCGUAGUCCGUUCAUGAAGUUUGUGGCUCAUGCUGCAUCAUUUAUCAUCUUCCUGUGCCUGUUAGUGUUCAAUGCAUCUGACAGGUUUGAAGGCAUCAAAACAUUACCGAACAUCACUGUUAUUGAAUAUCCAAAGCAAAUCUUCAGAGUGAAAACAACACGGUUUACAUGGACUGAGAUGCUCAUUAUGGUGUGGGUUCUAGGAAUGAUGUGGUCUGAGUGUAAGGAGCUCUGGUUGGAAGGACCCAGAGAAUAUAUACUGCAGCUAUGGAAUGUGCUGGACUUUGGAAUGCUGUCCAUCUUCAUUGCAGCAUUUACUGCUAGACUCCUUGCUUUCCUGCAAGCCACAAAAGCUCAACAGUAUGUGGACAAACACAUCCAAGAAAGUGAUCUUUCACUUGUCACACUACCACCUGAAAUUGAAUAUUUUACAUAUGCCAGAGAUAAAUGGCUCCCGUCUGAUCCACAGAUAAUAUCCGAGGGGCUCUAUGCUAUUGCUGUAGUACUCAGCUUUUCUCGAAUUGCUUAUAUCCUGCCAGCCAAUGAGAGCUUUGGACCACUACAGAUAUCGCUUGGGAGAACAGUCAAAGACAUUUUUAAAUUCAUGGUUCUCUUUAUCAUGGUGUUUCUUGCAUUCAUGAUCGGCAUGUUUAUCCUGUACUCUUAUUAUCUUGGAGCUAAAGUGAAUUCUGCAUUCACAACAGUUGAAGAAAGUUUCAAAACCUUAUUCUGGUCCAUAUUUGGCCUGUCUGAAGUUACAUCCGUAGUUCUGAAAUAUGAUCACAAGUUUAUAGAGAACAUCGGCUAUGUGCUCUAUGGUAUCUACAAUGUGACUAUGGUUGUCGUUCUGCUAAAUAUGUUAAUUGCCAUGAUUAACAGCUCUUAUCAGGAAAUAGAGGAUGACAGUGACGUAGAAUGGAAAUUUGCAAGAUCAAAGCUUUGGUUAUCUUAUUUUGAUGAAGGAAAAACAUUGCCUCCUCCCUUCAGCCUUGUACCAAGUCCAAAAUCCUUUGUGUACCUCAUCCUGAGAAUCUUCAGCUUGUCCAAGUGCAGAACUAGAAGGUUGCAAAAGGAUAUUGAAAUUGGAAUGGGUGAUUCCAAAUCUCGGUUAAAUCUUUUUUCUCAGUCCAAUGCAAAGGUUUUCGAGUCGCGUAGUUUUAAUAGUAUUCUCCAUCAGCCAUCUCGCUACGAGCAAAUUAUGAAAAGACUGAUAAAGAGAUAUGUAUUGAGAGCACAAGUGGACAGAGAAAAUGAUGAAGUAAAUGAAGGUGAAUUGAAAGAAAUAAAACAAGAUAUCUCCAGUCUCCGGUAUGAACUGCUGGAAGAUAAAUCACAAGCAACAGAAGAAUUGUCUGCCUUGAUUCACAAACUGAGUGAAAAGCUCAGUCCCAACAUGUCACGCUGCGAGUGAAAAACAGAGGAAGAUGAUUUGAUUUAACAGCAAUAAAACUUUAAGCAUCUGAUACUUGAAGAAAUAAAAAUGCCUGGUAGAUGCAUAGCACACACUACUUUUACUAUGUCUGUCAUUGUAGAUUUAGAUUUUACAAAUAACACCUCUUUGUUAAUGCUUUUCAUUUGGGUUUUAAACGGCAAAAUCUAUUUACUCUUUUUUUUUUUUUUUGCCAGUGAUUUUUCUUUUUUGGUUUUGUUUUGUAGCUAGGUUAACAUAUAUGUUCCCAAUAUUGGACAGUGUGCACGUUUACUUUCAUGCAAUCAUUUAAUCUAAAUGUCUACAGCUAAGCUAUGUACCCAAGGCAUUACCUUAAAGAGCCA